GCUGCCCACACAGCCAGUUCAGUUUCAGGAAGCAUCAGAAGAGAAAAAGAUGAGACAGUCACUGAAGAUCAUCUUCGGCUUUAUCACAGCGGCCUGCGUGAGGGUUUUGCCUGCCACUGGGAAUCAACCGAAAACAUGUAGCAGUGGAUCUGUUCAUGUGACUGGCUUUGUUGGAUUGUCUGUCUGCAUCAAAUGCGCAUAUCCACCUCAGAUGAAAAAUGGUGUGAAGGAAUUCUGCAGAGUCAAUGGAGACGAGUGCUCCAACAUCAUUUCUGCCCCCAUAUUAAAUACCACAAGAAAAGACAGGUUUCUCCUGGAGGAUCACAAACAACAAGAGCACUACAGGGUGACCAUGUCAGAACUGAACGUGGAUGACAGUGGAAAGUAUCUGUGCCGUGUUUACGACGGUGAAACAUAUGGCUGUUUGACUGAAGUCACCUUGGCAGUGAAGAAGUUGGAUGAUGUUGAGCCGACUGUAGUCCCUGGUGUUCUUGGCAGAAGCGCUGCGAUCACUUGUCGCUAUCACGACAGUCACAGGGAUGAUGACAAGUGUCUGUGCAAGGGAGCGGAUCCCCGCACUUGUGAUGUCCAGAAAAUAGUUCCGGACCGUGAGUUCAAAAGGUCAAACUACUUCCGUGUGGUCAUCAAAAAUCUGACCGAGAAGGACAUCGAUACUUACUGCUGA